GACCGCAUCAUCACCCACGCCUUCACAACCUUCUGCAACAUCGACGACGCCCACCCGCACCUCGGCGCAACCGUCCUCCCGCAGCCGCACUCACCCCACUCCUCCCCCAGCGCCGCCCAGUACGAGCGUCUCUCCGCUGCCGAGCGCCUCGACGCGAUCCGCACGCAGCUUUCCGCAACCGAACACGCGCUGCUGACCGCGCUGCUUGGCGCCAUAUCGGGCGCGCCGAUGGAGCAGACGGGCUUCUUCGACGUGCUGCGCUGGUGGGCGCUGGCGGGCUACUCGACGGCCGGCGUGUACGCCGCGACCGAGACGUGGAAGCUGGGCGGCGGCGGCGGCGAAGGGGGAAAAGGGCAGUCCGGGUUCGCGCGCGCGUUCUUCGAUGAGGCGGCGGGGACGGGGAAGCUGGCGUGGGCGUUUGGUACGCGGGUUGAGGCUGUUGUGCAGCAGGACGACGGGACGGUUGCCUUGCUCACCGGUGGUGGUGGUAACGACAAGCAGAAGCAAAAGCGGUUCGUCGGCCGCCGUCUCGUCUGUACCGUCCCGCUUAAUGUGCUGCGGGACGUGCGGUUUGAGCCGCCGCUGCCGCAGGCGAAGGCGGCGGCGUGUGUGCGCGGGCAUGUCCACAGAGGCGCCAAGUGGCACGUCGAGGCGCGGGACGGUGGCAGGUUCCGGGACUGGGCUGCUGCUGUGGCAUCGUCGUCGUCAGAGGAGGAGGGGGAGGGUUCCCGCCUGCUGACGGCACGGGGUGACGGACUGACGCCGGGUGGAAAUACGCAUCUGGUGUGGUUUGCGAAGGGUGAUGAUAGGGUGCUGCCGCCGCAGGAUGAGGGGAGAGGGAUUGCGGAGGCGGUGAAAGAGGUGCACGAGAUGGAGGUGGAGAAGGUGGUCUGGCACGACUGGACGAACGAUCCGCUCUCGCGCGGCACGUGGUGCAUGUUCCCGCCCGACUACAGCUUCAAAUACCUGGAUGCACUGCGGGAGCGGUCCGGCAACGUCCUCUUCGCAAGUGGCGACUGGGCCGUUGGGUGGCGCGGCUUCAUCGACGGGGCCAUCGAGGAGGGCACGCGGGCGGCCAAGACGAUUGCUGACGAGCUGGGUCCGGCGAGGCGAAUCGCGCCGUCUUUGUAG